AUGACGAAGAAGCGCAAGAGAUACCCAGACCUGAACCAGAAGCUCGAGCGGCCAUGGUGCUACUACUGCGAGCGCGACUUUGACGACCUCAAGAUUCUCAUCUCUCACCAAAAAGCCAAACAUUUCAAAUGCGACCGUUGCGGACGACGAUUAAACACUGCUGGAGGUCUCUCCGUGCAUAUGAACCAAGUCCACAAGGAAAACCUCACGCAUGUCGAAAACGCCAACCCCGGCCGUCAAGGCCUCGAGAUUGAAAUCUUCGGCAUGGAGGGCGUGCCCGCCGAGAUAAUAGACCAGCAUAACCAGCAAGUCACCCAAGCACAUUUCGCCGAGGAGCAAGAGCGUGCGCGGAUAACGGGUAAUCCCAUUCGCGGGCUGUAUGCGGCUGGGCAGGCGCCACCGAACAAGAGGCCAAAGGUGACGGAGAGCUUGGACGAGAUCGAGAGCAGGGCGGACCAGUUCCGGGUGGACAGGAAGAACGGCGUGUUGCCGCAACCAAAGCUGGAGGCUGUGACGAACCCUACGCCGCCAGUCGCACAAUCACCCUAUGGAGCGCCACCCCUAGGCGCUCCAUCUCCCUUCCCGCCUGGCGCACUUGCACAGGGAUAUCCACCACAAGGUCUCCCCGGCCAUCCUUCACCAUUUUCCCCCUCCGCAACUGGCGGCAUACCUCCGCGGCCAGGCAGCAUACCUGGUCAAGCAGGUAUACUGCCUCCUCGCCCCGGCUUUGGAGCACCCCCGCCUGGCGCAUUUUCGCACGGACAGAAUGGCGUAGACUCGCAUGCGAUAGCAGACUCGAUCGACUAUCUCAUCGGCGAGGUUACGAAAGAGGCUGUGCCAGCGGAAAAGAAGGAAGAGAAGAAGAGUAAGAAGGACAAGAAUAUGAAGUUGAUUUUCUUUGACGAGCUUACGAGUCCGGAGGAGAAGAUGGCUGCUCUACCGAGGUUUGCGGAAUUUGUACGGACGUAG